GUAGUUAGUUAACUAAUUAAGUGUAAUUAGUUCUUAUUUUCUGUUAUUAAUAUUGUUAGGUUCAGUUAAGAGUUAGUUAGAAAGUUUGUUACUAUUUCUUCUUCUUGUAUAAGUAGCAUUUCUCCCACAUCGUGUGAGAACCAAUUUUCCAUUUUCUCAAUAUCAAAAUUUCCCAAAGCUCUCUCAAUCUUUACAUGGUAUCAGAGCAGUGAAUCAAUAAUUUUUUGAUUCAAUCUAAUAGUUCGAUUCUGAUUUUUUUGAAGUCAAGCGGUCACAGAGCUUCAGUAGCUUGUAAUGGUGAUCGAAAGUGCAACGCCAGUGGUUCAAUCGUCUGCAUCAGUUCCUGCAGCAGAAACGCUUGAGAUGAUAGAAUCAAAGAGAAAUCAUCCUCUUCAUCUUCAUCCUUCAGAUACUCCUGGAUCUGUAUUGACUACAGUUCAACUUACUGGUUCAGAAAACUACUCUUUGUGGAGUAGAUCGAUGAUUAUAAACCUCCGAGCUAAGAGUAAGCUUGGUUUUGUACUUGGAACCUGCAGAAAGAGUGAUUAUACACCUGAGUUGGAAGAACAGUGGGAAAAAUGCAAUGCAUUUGUCUUAGCAUGGAUGAUGAAUACAGUUUCGAAAGAGUUGUUAAGUGGAAUUGUAUAUGCUUCAGAUGCUGCGAUGGUGUGGGAGGAUCUGAAGGAACGAUUUGAUAAGGUGGAUGGUUCUAGAGUGUACCAACUUCACAGGGACAUAUGUACAAUUCAUCAAGGUAACCUAACUGUUUCAGCUUAUUUUACCAAGUUAAGGUUGCUUUGGGAUGAAUUUGAUGCACUUGUUCCACCUCCUUCAUGUAAUUGUGAUAGAUCUAGAAUAUAUGUGGAUCAUAUGCAUUAUCUGCGAUUGUUUGCAUUUCUAAUGGGGUUAAGUGAGAUCUAUGGCCCUGCACGAAGCCAGAUAUUAAUGAUGAAUCCUUUGCCAACUGUUGGCAAAGCAUAUGCCAUGAUAGUUUCAGAUGAAAAUCAAAGAAUCACUUCUGGCUUGCGAAAUGGAGGAGAUGUAAUUGAGGCUACAACAUUAUAUGCAAACAGAAGUGGUUAUGGUUAUAGAAACACAGAUCGUGGUGAUGGAGACAAAGGUGAAUAUAAUAGAAGUGGUUAUGGUUAUAGAAACACAGGUCGUGGUGAUGGAGAUAAAGGUUACAACAGUAAGAAGAAGGUAAAUUGGAACCUAUUUUGUGAACACUGCAAGUUGCAUGGACACACUAAAAAUAUUUGUUAUAAGUUGGUAGGAUAUCCUGAAGAUUGGAAGUUCAAAAAGAAAUCAGAUACUGGAAUGACUGUAAACAAAGGAAAAGGCAUAGCAAAUAAUGUACAAGUUGAUAGAAAUGGUGAGGAAGAUGUGUUUGGAGUAGUCAAUGAAGGAGAUAAAAAUGAACAAGGAUCACAUGAUCUCAAUUCUGUUCGAACAAAUUUACAAGCACUGGCAAUGAAAUCGACAUACACUCCUGACCAAUAUCGAAAGAUAAUGAAGCUAUUGAAUGAAGAAAAGCAGGCUGAGGUCAACAUGGCAGGACCUCUUCAAUGGAGAGGUGAAGGGGAUUGGUAAAGAAAAUGAUGGGUUGUAUUACUUUCCUAGAAAUCUGUCAGAAGAAAAGGCAGUUGCUACAAAUGUUGAUGACAGAAGCUCCAUGAACAAGGCAAAUUCACAGUUUAUGAUAUGGCAUUACAGAAUGGGACAUCCUUCAU